UGCCACCCCUGCCCCGCCCCGCCCCAGCCAACCGGCGCUUUCCAAAACUUAUCUCCCUGCCUGCCUGGUUUCUUAUAUCCUACCAUAUCCCGUCCCAUUCAUUCCCUCACCCCACCACAGCCCGUGCGAGGACGAACGAGCAAGCAAGCGAGCGAGCGAGCGAGCUGCCCCUCUCGUCCCCACUCGUUUCGUCUCGUCUGGGCUCGGCCCGUGUAGCUAGCUCAGCAGCACGUUCCAUCAUUGUCAUCAUCCUCAUCGGCCACAUCACGAGCCGCGGCCAAUCGCAAAAUCGCCUCGGAAUUCGAGAGCGAGUCGGCCGCUUGGAUGUGUCUUAAGUUGGAGUUCGUGUCUUGAACUUGAGUGCGGCCGCUCGAGCUCGGGGCUCUCGGGGCUCGGACGAAAGAGAAUGGCGAUUGUGGAGCAGGGUCCAGCACUGCGAGACUACGAGAACAUUGUCAUCCUUCAAUCAUUGCUCAGAAACUCCACCAUCGUGGACCUGCCCGAACGCUACGUCUGGACUCAGGCCCUGAGGCGCAAUUUGGCGCAGGAGUACGUUCUGAACGAGGAGGUGCCGGACCUGACGCUGCCGAUCAUCGACGUCUCGUGCCUGCUCGACGGGGCGGGAGAUUCCGCUGCCAAGAAGAAAGUCUCGGCCGCCAUCGGGGCCGCCUGUGCCGACUGGGGAUUCUUCCAAAUCAUCAACCAUGGCAUCCCCGACGAGCUGUUCAAGGAGGUGGACGUCCAAGCUCGCAAGUUCUUCGCAUUGCCCGUCGAGGUCAAGGAGAAGGCCAAGUACGACCCCCGCCGAAAGGACAAAAUCGUGUGCGGCUACAAUGGCCGCUUGACUCGACUCUCGUACAACACGCCAUGGAUGGAAUACUUGGCUGAUCGCGGAAAUGUGGAGCAAUUGACGAAAAUGAUUUGGCCCGAAGGCAACCCCGCUCUCAGCAAACCACUGGAGGAAAUGUGGAGGAAUUUGCAUACACUGGGACAGGACCUGCUGGAAGUGCUGGCCGCGCAGCUGGGCCUGGAGCCCAGAUUCUUCUCACGAAUGUUCGACGACAACGUUUUCCAUCGGAGCACGUGGAGAUAUAACCACUACCCGGCCUGCCCUCGACCCGAUCUCACUCUGGGCACGGGACCGCACUCCGACCCCAACCUCUUCACUCUGCUCAAGCAGGACGCAGUCGGUGGAUUGCAGGUCAAAAAAGACGACAAAUGGGUCGACGUGACUCCCGUCCCGGGAGCUCUGAUCAUCAACGUCGGCGAUGCUCUGGAGGCGUGGAGCAACGGCAGAUACAAAAGCGUGGAGCACCGAGUGCUGGUGAACGAGAAAAGCGACCGCUUCUCAGCUGUCUAUCUCAUGGCCCCCGACGCGGCUCAGAUCGUGGAAGCUCCGCCCCAGCUCAUCGACGACGAGCAUCCGUCUCUGUACAGGCCCUUCUUGUACGGGGACUAUAUGACCCACAUGAUGUCCAUCAGAUUAGCAGGCAAGAACUGCCUGGACUACGCUCGCAGAGACAAAGCCCCGCCCCAAGGCCAAUGACAUUACUCCCCCCUGUAGGCAUCUUCAUUGAGCCCCGAAUUUUGUCGAGGAGAAACUACAGAGUCGGUCGAGAGAUUCCGAGCGCGCCCCACGUACAAGUAGUCCUCACGUAGUUACUAGCAUAGAUCCCGAUGAGCCUGUCAAUUUUUCCAAGGCCCCGGAUGGACGUCCGUGCUCCGGAGCUUGCACUUGAGAGGCCGUCCUACUUAUCAACCACGUUAUUAGUCCCGUUCGCCAUUUUCAGCCAGAGUCCCUCCCAGCUUUUACCUCCUGCUUGUAGUUUUCUUUCACAGCCUAAUUAGGGUCGCGCCACUCCCGCGGACUCAAAAAUUAGUAGUACAUUCAUUCAUUCAUUCAUUCCAACAUGUCGUUGGAAUUCAGCCUGCCGCUAGGAAGUGUAGCCUACCGUGUUGUUCCCCGGCUCUUGGCCCAAGAGCAGAGUAUAAUAAUAUGUGGAGUGGAUGAUAAUCGGUUCCUCCAUGAAUCUUUACAGAUGACAUCGACACCUCUCUAUCUCUAUCUCUCUCUCUCUCCCUCUUUCUUUUCCUUCCUUCCUUCCUCCAGUGUAUGCAUAUGGCUGACUCCUGCUUGCAACGUCGUUGGCCGUGACCAUGACCAUGACAGUGUCAUGGAGGAUCUCACGUUCAUGUUGCUGAGGUUCCUGGACACAGGAAUCACGAAUAGUACAUGCCUUGCCUGUCCACCGACUCUCAAACAGAGAAGUUCCGAAUUUUCUCGAUGCCGAUACGCACUGUAUGCAUCACACCUGUAGCUAGAGAAUUCCCUGCACAGAAUGUCACUCGCGGAAGCUAUCGAAUUUAUACAGUCUCUUCCUUCUCCGGUGUUCGUGUACAUUGUUACGAUCUGAAUCGUCUUGUCCUCUCGGAGGAAUAUACAUCGUGCUCUCUUUGACAUUUGGCUCCUCCAUGUAUCUGUGCACAGAAUCAAGUAAAACGUAAAAUGUUGCCACCCAUUCAGACUUUCAAUCUCCAUGUGCAAACAUAUGUGAGCCCACAAGUUGCCUCAAUUCGCCCCCGUUAUCGCUUGAUCUUCAGUAGAAUCUGCAGGAAAGGGUAGAAGAAAAGUUCCAUUUUGCAGUUGAUAUAAUGCAAAAUCUGCAGUAAAGGUUGAAGGAGAGCAUGGGUUGUUACAUAGUUCAGCCAUCGAAGGUCCUGUAAACAGUAUAGAUGUAGGAUUAUAAUGUUUCUGGAUGCAAAUUAGCAACCCAGGUCAGAAAUUUCAUUUAUCUAUUUAUUUAUAAAAUUUGCAUAGUUACAUCACAUGUGAAGACCUUCGAAUGAGGUUUUUAAGUUCACUAAAGCGAACUUGUUUAUAUAUGGCACGUGCUUAACUCCCUUAUCAAAUUUU